UGCGUGAGUCGUGCUGCUGACACUGGGGACUCUGCUCCGGCGCGUCGUAACGGACCGAUGUGUCUCCGGUGAUCCAGGUUGCUUUUGUUGCCGUUUGCGACACGAUGUCCGCCUCGCUACACUGCCUCCUGCUCCUCGCCACUGUGUGCCGGGAAUGGGCACCGGUCUCCUCCUUUGCGGGGGCCUGCAGCUCGGAGAGCGGCCGGACGCGCAAUUCGGAGCCGCGGCGGCAGCGACGGAGUGAUGUGGACGGUCCUCUGGCAACCUGCGCUUACAAGCUUCUGCAUACAGGCACUAGUGGCGGCCUUUGCUUUCGGAGCACAGAGCGCAGCUUCCGAUGCCAGGAAAAGCUCUGUACCAGGUAUCGCUCGGCAGGACGCGGCACGCUGGUUGCCAACGUGCUAAAGAACGGCAGUGCACUUCUGCAGUGGCGCUUCCCGGCGACUUCAGGACUGCGAGGUUUCCAGCUGGGCUGUUGGUGGAACGGCACACACACACAGUUCCAGUGCGACAGCGUAUGGUUGGGCGCUGGGUGCUCCGAUUACCUGCUUGCAGACGUGCACGAUAGCGUGCGUUAUCGUAUCUGCCUACGGCCGCUAUACGCCGCGAACGCCAGCAACGGCGGACCAGGGGACUGCGUGGACUUCAGCGCCGAACCAGCUGGCAUGCGGGAUAUCGUCAUCGCCAUGACGGCGGUGGGGGGCUCCAUCUGCGUCAUGUUGGUGAUCAUUUGCCUGUUGGUGGCUUACAUCACGGAAAAUCUUAUGCAUCCUGCAUUCAAAGGUGGAGGCCCGCUGCGGGCAAGUACCAGCACCCAGACGGACAGACGUGCAAGGCUGGCGCUGGUUGUGCGGGAGGAGCCAGACAGUGAACUGCACAAGACAGGCAUGCUGUAGUUACUGUGUAUGACGUCUGGUGUGGACCUCACGUAGAAUUGCGCCAUUGUGUUCCACUAUGGUGAGCGACCUCCCUUUGAACAGAUGAAAGUUCAGCUCGGUAUUGUCACCUCAGGGUCUGCAGUGCCACAGAGUCAUUAAGACUGAAGGGCCUCACAAAGCCCCUGGAUGGUCACAAGUGUGUGUGUGUUUCCUCCUCUCACAUUGUGUGCCCAGUCAAGCUUUGUUAUUGCUAGAUUAGAAUAGAUUCAGCUCCUGAUAGAGUAGAAACCAUACUGGAAGCAGGCCAACUGUCUCUUGGCUCUGGCACAGUACUGCAUUGAAUGGUUUCCAGUGACACAGCUGUCAUGUAACUGGACUGGGUGCCUGGAGUAAAAACUGUCUUUUUUGCAGAUGGAUUUUCCUGGCCAGAUAAUUUCUUUUAAAUCUGUCAGGCUGUGAGCCAAAUGAGUUUGUGAAACAUGCUUUUGGAUCUUGCUGCAUUUUCCUAGCUCAUGACAUUUUGGUACUUCCCAGCUGAUUUCAAAGGGGCAUGCCAGUCAGCAUGCUUUUCCAGUAUGGAAGUAGGACUUAGUAAUAUUGAUCAUAGCUUUACUGUUGUAUUCCAAAUUAGAUUAAAUAAACAUGGCAGUGGUAUCAU